AUGAAAGCAAAGACAGAAAAGGAAUCGUAUACAGCAAUCUUUGACUUACAAUCAGUUCUAGAAACACCAAGUACAUUUGCAGGAGAGCUGUUUUACUCAAGGAAACUCCAUGCAUACAAUUUGUCUGUGUAUUCCCUUGGUAUAUCAGACCCUAGUCAAUAUAAGUCACCAGGUCUCACUAAGUCCAGUGGACUACCACCUAAACUUAGACCCUUCAAGUUAAAGAUGCCAAAGGCGUAUAGUAACAGUGAAACACACACCACGGCCGAUGCCUCAACACAGACGGUGUCCCUUACACCUACUGAGGACCUCAAAGACCCAUUUCAAACAAUGAUGCCUACAUAUUCGGCGUUCAAUGGCAAUAGCUACGGCGGAGGCAUGUCAUCCUUAGCAGGUCUCAAUGUUGACUUUUCUGGUGUUAACAUUAAUGACUAUACACCACUGGCUACACCAGAGGACUUUGCAUGUGGAAGUAGUGUGGAUGAUUAUAGACCUUUUGGGUCACCUAGAGCUAUGUCAAGUGUAAGGAUUUUAGCGAAACAACUGGGGCUACAGUUGAUACAAGCCUACAAAGAUGCCAUGCUCAUUGAAUAUGAUAUGGUCAAAAAGUCUAUGAAGGAGGUCAAGCAGUUGUACCAAAGAUAG